AUGCGGCCCCUGGCGUGCAUCCCCCUCGGCGUCCUUGCCUUUCUCCCUUUCGCCGCUCCGGCGCAGGUGCCGCUCUCUCAUGCAGCCCCACCGACCGCUCAGUCCUUUACACUAAUUGAAGCUCUCUCUGCCGAUCCCGACUACCUCUCCCUCCUCAAGCUCGUUCAGCGCGCGAAACUCGUGCCUACUCUCAACAGGCUGAACGGCAGUACCUUCCUCGCUCCUACCAACGACGCCAUCAAGCGUCACACAGCCUCUAAUCCUCUCUGGCAACAUGCACUAGACGACGAUGCUCCUGCACUUACUGAUAAUCUCCACCUCCGGCUCCGUCAGGAGCUGUUUUACCAUCUCUUCAACUACACCCUCUCCGUCCUCCCGACAGAGCAGACGCCACAGCAACAUUUGACAUUGCUCUUCCCGACGGACACGACCGCGCCACCCACACAACUACCCCCUCCGUACCCGCCAUGGAUGCCAAUACCGAACGGGAUGCUAGGCAAGGAACCGCAGCGACUCCGGCUCUCCUACCGGGAUGAGGCCAUGUGGGCCGGGGUGGACGCGUAUGGCAAUAAUGGCGCGAAGGUGGUCAAGGAGCAGGUUCAGACCACAAACGGCGUGCUCUUCGGACUUGACGAGGUCGUCGAAAUGCCUCCAGAUCUAGCUACCGUGAUAUCCCGACACCCAAAGCUCUCGUAUUUCUCGAAGAUCCUCACGCCGGAGCUCGUGAAGUUCUUGAACAGCACCCCCACGCUCACCGUCUUCCUCCCCGAGGACAAUGCUUGGCAAGCAUUGCCGACCUGGGAACGUGUGUACCUGGAAAGCGACUUCGCGUCGGACGACCUGACCCAGAUCCUCAAUAUGCACGCUGUGAUCCCGAACGAGGUCAAGUGGUCGGACAACUUCACCGAGCAAGCGGUUAACCUCACCACGAUCUACGGGCGCAAGCUUGAAGUUGUGCCAUUGGAGGAGAACAAUAUCAAAGUGGCCGAGGCAGAUCUCAUUGAGCCUGACAUCUAUGCAUCCAACGGCGUUGUGCACACGGUCUCCUCCUUGCUCAUCCCUGAGGGAGCUAUACGGCUCACCCCGGAGAAGUUCCUACUGGGGUUGAACUGCACGGAAUUCGUGUCCCUCAUCCACUCCGUCAACCUCACGCAUCUCAUCAACGACCCGGACGCGCAGUACACGAUCCUCGCGCCGCGCGACGACGUGCUGAAGCUGUUCGGGCACCACGAGCUCCCGCACCGCGGCAGCGAGGAGCUAAAGCGGGUCUUGCAGUACCAUUUCAUUCCCGGGAAGUGGGCGCCGAAGAAGCUGCAGGACGGCAUGCUUAUUGAGACUGCCUUGGACGAGCCUGGUCUGGAUGGGCAUCAGGUCAUGACGAUCGAGGUCACCGACGAGGGCAAGAAGAAGGAUGACGCCAAGUCGAUCAGGUUCGCCGGGGCGGGCGUUAUGGGCGAACAUGAGGAGAUCCACAAUACCUUGUUCUACUUUGUCUCCCGUCCCUUGAUCCCCCCGGCAGACGUGAUGGAGACUGCGCUGCCCGAACUCGAGCUGUCUACUUUCCUCGCUGGUAUCUUCUCCACCAAUCUCGCUGAGACGCUGAAGGCAACACCGCGGACGACUGUGCUCAUGCCGCCAAACGGCGCCUUCCGGCGCCUCGGGCUACUCGUUAGCAACCACUUGCUCGCAUCCUCUUCGAAGGCCGACCUCGAGCGCGUCAUCCGACACCACGCAGUCAUCGGUGUCGAGUACGCGGACCCACUCGUCGAAGGCUCACAGCGCACGUUCGCCACACUCGAGGGCUCAGACCUGCACGUCGAGCGACGAGGCGCGAACCGGACGGUUCUCUUCGCGCCAAGCGGCGGCUGGCCAGACAUGCAGGCCGAGCUGUACCCGCGUAACAUGCUCACACAAACAGGCGUAAUCCACGAGAUCUCGGACAUCCUCAUCCCGCGCUCCGUGCACCUCACGGUCGGGAAGCUCGUCAAGGCUGCGAAGGCCACCACGAUGACAACGAUGCUGGUCAAGGCCGGGUUCGGAUGGGUUCUGAACGGGACCGCACCGCCCGAGGGCUCGCGCUGGGCGGACAUGGGCCUGAGCGGCACCGGAUGGACACUCCUCUGUCCGACGGACGACGCGUUCAAGCAGGUGAACCUCACUCACCUGUACGCGGACGAGGAGCGUCUGCAAAUUAUCGUCGCACAACACCUCAUUCCGACCGCUCCGGCGGCUCCAGCGGCCCCGGCCGCGCUCGCAGUGCUCGACACGCUCGCGCACAACACACCGCUGGCGCUGGACGACUCCGCGACGUACUCGACGCUGCAGAGCGCGACGAGCGCGUAUGGGGACGUACUCGUGCGCGUGCUCGACGGCGACGGCGGGACCGUGCUCGGGAUCAAGGGCGCGCGCGGGAGCGACGGCGCGCAGGACUGGGCUCGCGUGCUCUCGUGGGGCCGCUCGACGACGGGCGCGGGCGCGGGCGGCGUCGUGCAGAUCGACAGGCUGCUCGUGCCGUACACGCCGACGUGGUACGAAGAGUACGGCGCGCCGGUGGCGGUCGGGGCCGGCGGCGUGGUGAUGAUCGUGCUCUUCUUCCUGGGCGUGCGGUGGGUGUGGCGGCGGGACACGACGGAGGCGACGUAUGAGCCCGUCGGCGGGUUCGGGCACGACGACUCGGACGACUCGUAGCGCGCGAGAAGGUAGUCGGAGAGGAGGCGGGAAGAGGGAAGUAGUCGCGUGCGUAUUGGAUAGGUAUUUUUUGCGUUAUAUGAUAGAAGGAGGUUUGGAAUCUGGAUCCGGAUGCCCCCGCCCCUUUGGGAUAGUGUAGAGUAGCUAAUCGUCGGCGGUAUGUCCUCUAGGACAGUGUGUAUUUGCUAUGUUAACUUCAAACACGAGCCAUGGCUGUGUAUAUGCUUUCCAA